AUGUCCGAAUCAUCAGCUGCUCCAGCAAAGCCCGUCGUCAUGUUCAAGAAGGCUGGGCGGACACGACCACAAAAAUCAUCGCGCAAGCGCUCUGCAUCCCCCACCGCCGCCGAGGAGCCAGCUGCUGAGACUACCGUUGUGCGGCCCAAGUCACGCUCGAUCGCCAACCCCCUUGUGCAGGGCAGUAAGCGGCGGCGGACAGAGGGCGAGAUUGGUGGUCUGGACGAGUACGACUACGAUGCGGACGAUGCAGGAAUCACUCGAGCAGACGAGCUCGCGACCCGCGACUCGAACUGGGACCUCGAGAGCCUUGAGAAGAAGGGCAUCACCGUCAACGAGGACGGCAACAUUGUGCAGGCAGACGACGGGAUGUAUCGCGGACAGAAGGGAUACCUGCCCACAAUUAACAAGACCAACUCGUCACGAGACAGCAAGAUGAAGACGGGCCCCAUCCGAGCCACGGCCAACAUCCGCACCAUCACGCUUAUCGAUUACCAACCCGACAUCUGCACGCCGUACAAGAACACGGGGUUCUGCGGGUACGGCGACAGCUGCAAGUUCUUGCAUGACCGUGGUGAUUACCUCGCUGGCUGGCAGCUCGAUAAGCUCGAUCCGGCCGACCCCGAUGUGCAGGAGGUCGAGGAGGAGGAGGAGAUGCUGCCGUUCGCCUGCAUCAAGUGCCAGAAGGAGUUCAAGGACCCGGUCGUCACAAAAUGCGGGCACUACUUCUGCAUGCAGUGCGCUCUCGAUUAUUACAAGAAGAAGAACAAGUGCUACGCGUGCGGCGCGCGGACAGACGGUAUCUUCACUCCGGCUGAGAAGCUGUUGCGCAAGCUCAAGGCCAAGCAGGAGCGCCGGCGCGAGGAGAAGGACAAGUUUGAUAAGGUGGGGUCCAGUGGGAUAGACAUUGGCGACGGGAGCGACGUUAGCGAUGGGGAGGAGGGUGAGGAAAGCGCACCCAGCGACGGCGAUGACGAGUAG